UGUAGCGGUGAGACCAAUCUAUUCUCCUUUCACUUCUGAUAUGGUACAAUUUGCUAUAAGUCUGCUAAAGACAAGAAUGCCAAAUGUUGAAAAAUACACCAAUAAAACAGAUAGCACAGAAACUACUGGUAGCAAGGAGCUUAACAAGGUCCAACCACAAGUAUAUAUGCAUGAUCAUAUCCAAAAUCCUCAAAGCUUUUGUGGUGCUCCUUAGUUCUGUUUCUUCUAGUAAUCCAACCCAAACCCUCUGCUCACUUCAACCAUGAAUGACUCGGUAGACAAGCUAGUGAUCUUCCUAGCAAAGAGAGAUGGCAUAGACAAGCUUGUCAAGACGUUCCAAUAUGUCUCCAAGCUUGUGCACUGGCAUGCCGAGUCCACUAACCCGAAGAUGGCAGAGAGAUUCAAGCAGUGGGAGGUUUCGUCUGGCCUUAGCCGAAAGGCUUUUCGGACUGGCAGGUUCCUCACCGGAUUCAAUGCAAUGAGACGAAGCCCUGGAUCAACGCCAACUCUUCGGUUCUUGGCUGUUCUUGCUAAUGCUGGUGAGAUGAUAUACUUCUUUUUCGACCAUUUUCUUUGGUUGUCAAAAAUUGGGACUUUGGACCCAAGUUUGGCUAGAAAGAUGAGCUUCAUUUCCGCAUUUGGUGAGUCCUUUGGGUACAUUUUCUUCAUUAUAUCUGAUUUUAUCGCGCUAAAAGAAGGGCUUGAGGAAGAGAGGAAGGUUAUGAGUUUGGAGGACAAGUCCAUUGAGAAGAAGAAUGAGAGCAUAAGAAAGAUUAGAAGUGAUAGAGUGAUGAGGUUAAUGGCUGUAGCAGCUAAUGUUGCAGACUUGCUUAUUGCAAUUGCUGAUAUCGAGCCUAAUCCAUUCUGCAACCACACUGUGACUCUUGGGAUCAGUGGAUUGGUCUCUGCUUGGUCCGGUUGGUACAGAAAUUGGCCCUCAUAAGAUUUCUACCAUAGCCAUGUAAAACCUCGCUAGCUGAGCUUUGAAAAUGAAACCUGCACUUGCUGUAACUGAGAAAUUGCUUUGUGUGUGUGUCUCAAAGUUGAGGUAUGGAUGCAUCUUAUCCAGAUGAGUCUUGCUACUGUAAAUUAAUGUCUAUGAGGACUAUAUGCAAUUUGGACUUCUCUACUGUCAAAGUUUUUGUUUA